UUCAAGUCGACCUUGCCUCCCAGAAAGAGAGCAAAGACGAAAGAAGAAAAGGAACAGAGACGUGUGGAACGUAUCUUGCGUAACAGAAGAGCAGCACAUGCGUCCCGUGAGAAGAAGAGAAAACAUGUUGAAUACUUGGAGUCGUACGUGUUGAAGUUGGAACAGAACUUGGCGUCUGCCCAGUCCAACUUUGACACCGUCCAUCUGUUGUUGUCCGAACACCAGGUGACCCAGUUGGUGCUCCAGCCGUUGGAAGAUGUUGACGACUUGAAAAACAAGAUCCACAUCAACCUCUCCUCGCUGGCUUCCAGAUCGUCUUCGACCUCCAAAGAUGAGGACGAGCAGGACCACGACGACGAAGACUUCGCUGAAGAAGAAUCUGCUUCAACCUCCUUCUCGCCACAACCAGAGCAGAAGAAGAGAAGAAUAUCAGAAUCCGAAGCAGAUUCUGCAGACUACGCUGCCAUCAAGAACGAAUCACAAGAAUCACAAUCAGAAUACCAACAACAAUUCGAACAACCAGAGAUUGUUGUAAAAAGAGAAGAUGUAACAGAGUCUUCGUUGUUACAGGUCAAGUCAGACUACUACAACUACUUGUCUCCUGUAUCCAUUCACUCUCCAACAAACUCACCCAUCGAUUUAACAUUGACCAAGAAUGCACCAGCAUUGACCUUGGAUAACGGAACCUCCACUACUUUUUCCUCACCCGAGUCCCUUUCGGGACAUCCAUCUAACUUCAAGAUAGAAUCCAAUCACUCGGUAUUUGACAAUAUGGGGCAAAAUUCAGAAGUAAUUUUGUCAGCCAACGGUUACUUACAGGGAUUUGACGAUACUGUAGCAGCGUCUAUUCGUUGCUAG